AUGACCAGCCCAGGCGCCCAGCCGCCGUGCGUCUCGCUCACGCUCGAGAUCCGACUCCCGCCGGCCACGGCGGCAGGUCGCUCGCCUUCCAAUCGGAGGUGCACGGAUGGGCAGGGCUAUGCCGGGCUAAUGUAUUCUGGUUUCCUCCUAUCUGGUGCUGAGAAAAGCUCUGCAGGAAGCGCAGCAGCUCAGGGGGCCGUCGUUCUCGAUCCCCUCGCUCGCGCCCCUUGGCAGAAGGCAAGUGCAGCAAGGCUGGUGGUGGCCAUCUCAGACACUCAGCAAGGUGACAAGAAGUACAAGAAGCUUCCAGAUGAUUUUGCCGACAAGAGGUUCUACGGGACGAUGAGAAUGGUGAACAAAGGAUCCGGCUUUGGUUUCAUCUCGUGUCCUGAAACUCGGGCAGAGUUCGGCAGAGAUGUCUUCGUGGAUCUGAACAGAUUACCGCCCAGCUGUGAUCGUGAAGGAGACAAAGUGCAGAUCUCAGAGUUGUCGGAUCACCGGGUGAUUCGGGACUGGCGAACCUCGCCAAAACCUCAUCCCUCGCUUGCAUACCCAGGCAACGAUGCCUGGGAAUGUGCUUCUGAAUUUGUUUUCUCCGUUACUCGCAGCAGUGAAGCGGAAGAUGGGUGCGGACUGAUGGGUGUCAUUCGUGUAUGUGUAGGAGUUAACCGAUGA